AGCCCGUGCAGUUCUAGGAAGUGGCUGCGAACGGUCUCGGUAGGUUUAACCCUCUCAUUCACCUGGCGGAGCAAGUGCUCCCAUCUGCCGCCUCUGUCAGGAACUUGAUACUUUCCGCUUGGCUCGGGGUUCUCAGUCCGUCAGCGCGGACUUCGGUGCCCCGGCCACCAAUGGGGGGCGGCGAAGCGAGCCUGAAGGAAAAGGCUGUUGCUGCCAAGGACAUGCUGGGGGCAGAGUAGACAAGUCACCUGGAGCAGCACUGUACUGAGACUCCAUGAUCGGACGUCUGGGUUCUCCAGAGGCACCGGCCCACCCCAGUCCCUUGAGUUUCCCAUCCAUCCUAAGCAAGGCGUCUUAAGCUUGGCGCGGACUACAUAUCCCAGCAUGCGCCGCACGCGCCUCUGGGGCUCGCACAACGAUUAGAUAACCACUACUCUCAACUGGCCUUCUGCAACUAUGCAAGCCGGAGCACCGGGAUCGAGAACUACAACUUCCGACUUGCAUGACAACUGCGGCGGCGCUAUCUAAAAAGCGUCAGAGAGGAGGUGCCUGGCUACGCCCUGCUCUUCCAGUUCCGCUCCCUAGGAUGCUGCGAAGAGAGGGGCGGAGCCUUAGGCCUGAGCCAAGAUGGCGGCUGCGAAGCUAAGCCCCGCGGACUCGCUCUCAUUCUGCCUCGCGCAGCUCACGGCGGCGGCCGGGGAGGGUCUAGGUGGGGGAAAGGACACAGCUACCAACGAGACACCCUUGGGCCGUGCGCUCUUAGCCCUCCGUACGCGCCACGUCAAGGCAGCUGGGGGAAUCGAGCGCUUCCGGGCACGCGGCGGGCUCCGCCCCCUUCUCGCGCUGCUACGGCGAGCGGCUGCAGCGGGUCCCGCCCCGUCCCAGGCUGGCCCAGGCUCCGCCCCCUCGUCGGUCGAGUCAGCGGCUUCUUCUGGCCCCGCCCCUUCGCCGGGCCCCGCCCCCUCUGCUGCGUCGUCAUCGACGCCCUCGCCACCAGCGCGCCUGCGCAAGACGCUGGACUUGGCGCUCAGCAUCCUAGCCAACUGCUGUACGGAAGGGGAGUGCCGGGCUGAAGUGCGCAGACUCGGAGGCAUUAUCCCUUUGGUGACUAUUCUUCAGUGUGUGAAGACAGACAGCAUCCAGAACCGAACAGCCCGUGCUCUGGGGAACUUAGCCAUGGAACCUGAGAGCUGUGGGGACAUCCACUCUGCUGGUGCCGUUCCCCUGCUUGUUGAGGGCCUGACGGCCUGCCAGGACUCACAGUGCCGCCAGAGUGUGGUUCGUGCCCUCCGCAACCUGGCGGACUCACCCCAGCACCGCCUGGCCCUGGCAAAGCAGGGAGCGGUGCGCCCGCUGGCCGAGCUUCUGGCUGCUGCCCCAGACCCUGCGCUGACCUUGGCCUUAGUCCGUGCCCUCCUGGAGCUGAGUCGAGGCUGCUCCCGGGCCUGUGCUGAGCAGCUAAGUCUGGGUGGAGGACUAGGCCCACUGGUCAGCCUGGCCUCCCACCCCAAAAGAGCAGUGCGUGAGGCAGCCAUCCUGAUCCUUGCCAAUCUGUGCGCCCAGGGCCUGGUUAGGCCUGCGCUGGGCAAUGCUGGUGGUGUUGAGGUGCUACUAGGUGAACUCCGGCGGCGCCGGGGCCCCGGCGGGGCUAGCCCAGCCUCCCAGCAGCCCCUGGUGCGGGCCGUGUGUCUGCUGUGCCGGGAGGCUAUCAACCGGGCCCGACUGCGGGAUGCUGGUGGUUUGGAGCUGCUGAUGGGCCUGCUGCGGGAUCCUCGCGCCAGCGCCUGGCACCCUCGUGUUGUGGCAGCCCUCGUGGGCUUCCUCUAUGAUACUGGGGCCCUGGGCCGGCUGCAGGCUCUGGGACUUGUACCUCUCCUGGCUGGGCAGCUUUGUGGUGAGGCUGGUGAUGAGGAAGAAGAGGGAAGAGAAGCUGCUUCCUGGGACUUCCCUGAGGAGAGGACUCCUGAGCGGGCAGAGGCCGGAAGCUUCCAAAGCCUCAGGUCCUGGCUGAUCUCCGAGGGCUAUGCUGCAGGCCCGGGAGACAUCUCUCCCGACUGGUCGCCCGAGCGGCGCGAGCGCCGUCCGCCACCGCCAGAGCCGGCCAGUCGGGCCAGCCCCUCCCUGGGCCCGACCUCGCUGCGGACGCCCCGCGCCCUGCGCCCGCCCGGCCGCAGCCCCGCCGCCACUGCCCCCGAGGAGCCCUGGGGCCGCGAGGGGCCAGCGCUGCUGCUGCUGUCGCGCUUCUCCCAGGCUCCCGACCCCAGCGGGGCGCUGGUGACCGGCCAGGCCCUGUGCGGCUUGCUGGCCUACGUGACGGGCGCACCGGGCUCGCCGAGCCCCCGCGCGCUGCGCAUCCUGGCGCGGCUCACCUGCAAUCCCGCCUGCCUCGAGGCCUUCGUGCGCAGCUACGGGGCGGCGCUGCUGCGCGCCUGGCUCGUGCUCGGCGUCGCCCCCGACGACUGGCCCGCGCUGCGCGCCCGGCCCGCUCGGCGCAGCCAGCACCAGCACCGGGAGCUGGGUGAGAUGCUGCUGCAGAACCUGACCGUGCAGGCCGAAUCGCCCUUUGGAGUGGGUGCCCUCACUCACCUGCUUCUCUCCGGGAGCCCUGAGGACCGCGUGGCCUGCGCACUCACCCUGCCCUUCAUCUGUCGGAAGCCCUCCCUGUGGCGCCGGCUGCUUCUGGACCAGGGCGGCCUCCGUCUCCUCCUCUCAGCACUCACUCGGCCAGCUCCACACCCACUCUUCCUCUUCUUUGCCGCGGACUCCCUUUCCUGCCUCCAAGGCCUGGUGUCUCCCGCUGUGAGCCCGGCCCUCCUACCUGCAAUCCCCUUGGACCUGGACCCGCCCUCCCCUUGCCUCUAUGAGCCUCUGCUGGGCCCUGCCCACGCGCCGGCCCCUGACCUCCACUUCCUGCUGGACUCAGGUCUCCGGCUCCCUGCUCAGAGAGCGGCCUCAGCCACCGCCUCCCCCUUUUUUCGUGCCCUGCUAGCUGGCAGCUUUGCCGAAGCCCACAUGGACCUAGUGCCACUGCGGGGCCUGUCACCCAGCGCAGCCUGGCCUGUCCUGCAUUACCUGCAUGGCUGCCGGGGCUGCGGAGCUGCCCUGGGGCCCGUCCCUCCGCCGGGCCAGCCCCUGCUGGGCUCAGAGGCUGAGGAAGCCCUGGAAGCUGCUGGCCGUUUCCUGCUGCCCGGGCUGGAGGAGGAGCUGGAAGAGGCCGUGGGCCGCAUCCACCUGGGACCCCAGGGCGGCCCCGAGUCAGUGGGUGAGGUGUUCCGCCUGGGCCGGCCCCGGCUGGCUGCCCACUGUGCUCGCUGGACCCUGGGGCCGGGGCAGUGCCCACGGAAGCGGGCCCUGGCCCUGGUGGGGCUUGUGGAGGCAGCAGGCGACGAGGCCGGGACCCUAACUGAGGCCUUCCUGGCUGUGGUGAUGGGGGUAGAAUUGGGGAGCGAGGGUCCCAGCCUAGACGGUUGAUGUCCCCUGGGAGGAGGCCCGAGGAUGCGUUGGCUGUGAGGAGUUCUCCCUCAGAGCGGCACAGGAGGAGGCCGAGCAGGAGGAGUCCCCGUCAAGGACCGAUGAGAGGGUGGGCCGAGACCCCGGGAUGAUGAUCUGAAGGCUCAGGAGUGAGAAGCCAAGGCGAGGCAUGGGGCCCACAAGAUGGAGGACGGCCCAGGGCCCCAGGCACUUGGCCUGGCUCAGCUUUCUGGAGUUGGAAUUAAACACUUUGGA